GCUCUAAGCCACUGCCUGCAGUUUUUGCACACCAAUUAAGAUUUCUGAGUAGACGCUUUGUAAUUGGGUCUUUGGGACCUCAUCCCCAAAGCACCCCAAAGUUCCUAAGACGGGCACUUUUCCUCUCCCUCUAAAUUGCCUUGGGGGUUGUGCAGUCCCCUGCCGAGGGAGCUUUGCGAGGUGCUGCCUCCCCCAGAGGCUGUCGGCCAGGACAGAGCUGCAGGCUGCCCAUGGUACAAUACUGCUCCCUCUCUUCAGCCUUGAGCCCUCCAGAAUCCUACUGCUGCCAAACCUGACGCGACUCAGGGCACGCCACGGCUGCUGGGCGCUUUGUACAUCUGCCGAACCCAAAAUGCUCCACCGCUUACUCUGAAGCUUUUCGCUGGAUUCUACGAGAGGCCCGGCAUGUUUCCACGGUCGGGAAAGCUGCAACCUUGCGUGCUGCCCACCGGGUCCCCUGCUCCCAGGAGGCCCGGCUGCUUCCUUGACCUGUGUGCCCUGCGUUCCAGCCAGAGGUCGUGUCCACGGGAACAUGUGCCAGGCGGCCAGAGACAUGGAUCCCGAAGAGCCUGAAGACCAGGGCUACCUGGGGAAAAGGCAGCUUUCCUGUCCUACCCACACUGCUGCGCUCUGGGGACACUUGGCUCUCGGCCGUGGAUUUCUGACCUGGGCAUUUCCCACAGACGCUCAGCGGAGUGCUUCCGGCUUCCAGGAGAAAACUCCAGCCUCUUCCCAUGCCUCCCUUUAUAAAGCACCUCCACUGUGUGGCCCCGUGGGCAAAUAGUUAUCCUAGACAACAGUAGGGAGGCCACGAAGUGAGUCUCUUGCUUUCAGGACCUGGCCACGUUCCUCUUUGGGCACAGGGACGUUCUCAUGCGUCUUUUUUGCAAAUCAGUGGUUUGUGAUUCUUUGAGAAGGGAGGAACAGAGCUUUUAUGGAGACACUGGCAGGAGGUGAAGCUUGGUGCAUCCGAGAGCACCCCUACAGUUGAUGGGGUGAAGGUGAAGGGGUUCACGAACCCACCUCUAGCGGGCUCCAGAAGAAGUCUAGCGCCACCACAGGGGAGGGAAGACAGCGUCUUCCCAGUCACCGGAACGCUGAGCCCUGCCUACAGGAAGAGCUCCCCAAGGCAGGUCCCGAUAGGAAGCAGGGUCUGUGGAUUUGCACUGACAACUCUGGUGUCGACAACACAGAGUGGAAGAAGUGUUCACGAGACGCCUAUAGAACGAGAAGUCUUCAUACGGAAAACAUGGGAAAUUGCCAACAAGAGAAGGGACGAGCAGAUACCAGACUUACAUGUCCUACGCAGCUGAUGUGUUCAAAUCUUCCUGGUCCAAGGAACGCUGGAUGAGCGUCACCCAUCACACACCCACCUCCCAAAGCUCACCCCACCUCACCGAGGGAAGGGGGUGGCACCUUUAAACCCUGGGACCUUUCCAUCUACUAAUUUUUCUUACCACCAUGGCCCCAGCACCUGAGACGACACAGGAGACACUCCAAAGUAUUCAGGGAAUGAACCUGAAAAACCAUGGCCAUAAAUUCAGUCAUAACCUAGAAAAGGGGUUUUCUUCUAACAGUCGGGAUCUCUGUAGAUUCCAAAGGAGUGUGCCCACCAUGAAUCCCAUCCUACUGCAUCCUCGGUGCCCUGCCUGGAGGGAGCAGCCAGGGGCCUAGGGCAUCCCGCAUCCUCCCGGAAGGUGGGCCAGGAGAACUGGAGAGCUGGGGGGGCCCAGAUCUGAACUCUCCCGUGAUACAGAGGGUGAAACCAAAUUCCAGAGAGGGAGGCUGACCCGCAGCGGGUCACACGCCCAGGUGACUUGGCUCCCAGGCUAACCAGAGCAUUGUUUCGAAACGCCCUAUGGCCCAGAUGGCAAAGCUGUGAGAUGGAUGGGGCCAACCACACCGUCAGGACGGGCUAUGUCCUGCUGGGGCUCCAGAAGCACCCCUGGCUCGAGACGGUCCUGUUUGUGCUCUGCCUGGGCGUCUACGUGGUGACUGUGCUGGGGAACUCCCUCCUCAUAGGACUGAACGUGCGGGACCCCCGCCUGCACAGCCCCAUGUACUUCUUUCUCAGCAACCUCUCCCUCAUAGAUCUCUGUGGCACCACCGCCUUCAUGCCGCUCAUGUUAGUCAACUUCCUGGGAAGCCACAGGACCAUCUCCCGCCCCGGCUGCGCCCUGCAGAUGUACGUGACCCUGGCGUUGGGCUCCACAGAGUGCCUGCUCCUGGCCGUGAUGGCGUACGACCGUUACGUGGCCAUCUGCCAGCCGCUCAGGUACUCGGAGCUCAUGAGUGGGCAGGUGUGCGUGCAGCUGGCCGUGCUGAGCUGGGGGACGGGCUUUGUCAACUCCCUGCUGCACUCUGUCCUGGUGUGGCGCCUCCCCUUCUGUGGCCACAGCAUCAUCAACCACUUCUUCUGCGAGAUCCUGGCCGUGCUGAAACUGUCCUGUGGGGACAUCUCGCUCAAUGCACUGGUGCUCAUGGUGGCCACCACAGUCCUGAUGCUGACCCCGCUCCUGCUCAUCUGCCUCUCCUAUGUUUGCAUCCUGGUGGCCAUCCUUAGGGUCCCCUCUGCCGCAGGCUGGCGCAAAGCCUUCUCCACCUGCUCUGCCCACCUCACAGUGGUGGUGGUUUUCUAUGGGACCAUCCUCUUCAUGUACUUCAAGCCCAAGGCCAAGGACCCCGACGUGGAUAAGAUUGUCACGCUCUUCUACGGGGUGGUGACACCCUCGCUGAACCCCAUCAUCUAUAGCCUGAGGAACGCAGAGGUGAAAGCUGCGGUCACAGCUCUGUCGGGGGGAGGUCCCCUCUCCAGGCAAAUGCCCCACGUUCACUGCUGCUCUCUGCACCUGUCAGGCCGCAGAGGCUAGGCUGUGGUCAGGACCUCAAAUUUCUGGUGGUUGACAACCAUGGAAGUCUGUCUGUCACUCUUGCCGCAGCAGGUCCAUCGGAGCCCGGUGAGGGGUUCUGCUCUGCAUCGUCUUCACCCCCUGGGGCUUGGGGUGACAGAGCCGCUCCCCUCUGGAAUGGCGCUGACCACCACGACAAAAGGAAGAGCGCGGUAAAGCCUCUGCUCACAGGUGACAGCUGUCACGUCAUUGGCCAACCGACAUGACACAGCCAUGGACAGGGACAGCUAGCGUGGGUCUGCCAGGGAGGAGAGGACCAAGCGUGUGGGACGGCCUAAUGACCACAUCGUCCUAGAGAGCCAGCCUGAUUCGGCUUCCUAUUCCCUGACAUCCAUCCUUCGUGGGAUGCUGCCAGUCAGUCGUCCUGAGAAAGCUCUGGUUAGCACCCGUGGUGUGCUUCCAGUACUUUCUGGCCUAUAUGGAUCUGGGCUGCCCACCAGAGAAAUCUGGGGGCUGAUGCAACACCAGCAUCCCAUAGGGACAGCAGUUCGAGUCCUGGCUGCUCCACUUUCAAUACAGCUCCCUGCUAAUGUGCCUGGGAAGGCAGCAGAGGAUGGCCCUCUGCUUGGACCCCUGCACCCAUGUGGGAGAACCCGGAUGAAGCUUCUGGCUCUUGGCUUUGGCCUGGCCCAGCCCCAGCCAAUUGCAGCCAUUUGGGGAGUGAACCAGUGGAUGGAAGACUCUCUCUCUCUCUCUCUCUCUCUCUCUCUCUCUAACUCUGCCUUUCAAAUAAAUACAAAUAAAUCUUAAGAGAGCAACCUGUGUGAGAUUUGAAAGGCGAGAGUAGCAGCACGAGACGCUGGGGAACACUCCCAGGCGAGGGCUGACUCACCUGCCCGCCUUGUUAGCUGUGGUCCAAACUGUUCCAACCACAUCUCCUCCAGACCCAAGGGAAGCUCCGUGGCCAAAGGUGCCAGCCUCCUGCAGGCACCAUGGCAUCGAGCUUGAAGGCAGUGAGAGCCAGUGCCCUUACUCUCCCUCCCUUCACGCAGCUCUCCCUCCAGACGCCAGCCCAGCUGGCCAAGAGCAGCUUCGGGCCCAGCCCCCAGUGCACACGUCCCAGCUUGGCGGGAGUUUCUCCAACUGCUCCCAUGACCGCGUGGUCCAAUCUCCGUCAUAAAUCCCUUGUAUCUCUCAUAACGGUUCUCCUACUUUGGUCAAACACUGACUGAUUCAU